GCAGGUUUAACCAACAAUUAGUGGCAGUGUCUGGUGUCGGCUGCCACAAGGCAGCCUUCUCUUACGCCUGUGUAGGCUUUCUCUUUUUGAAAAGACUCUCUCAAGGCUGUGCCUCUUCCCCCACACCCUAGCUUUUCUCUCACACACAGGUGGUUUGGGGAUUUGAUGCAUCGACAGCGAGGCUGGGGAAACUUUCCGUGUGUAUUAGUUGCACCCUUGAAUGUGCAUGCCUAUCAAUAGAUUUGAGGCUAUCCAUAUAUCGCACACUUAACGAUCUGUCCACUUCCUCUCUUCGGCCUUGUCAUAUUCUAGAGCUAUCCAUCAUUAUUCAACGUUAUCCUUUCGAUUAUUGUUAUAUCUUUUCAACUAUGCCGACCAACUGGGGUCUCCGCCGCAUCUUGGGCGUCAAUCCAGGAGAUCGCACGUGCGUGGGAUACGCACAAAGCAAAAAAAGACGAUGUACAAAGCCUAUCAACCGUCAUGAUUGGCCCGCAGCAUCUCAGCUUCUUGAUCAAAUGGAUCGAUUAGAAGAUCUACGUGAUGCCAUUGAGGAUCUAGAAGAGCUUGCUGGUCUAUUACUUUGCAAUGAAUGGCACAACAGCCUAUCAAGGCCCCAGCACUCUCAGGUCGAUAAGAUGUAUAGAAAAUGGAAAAACGUCAUUGAAGAAUACGUAAGACUGAAGGAGCAAGAGGAUGCAGCGGCAGAGAGGCAGGCACAGAGGCAGAGAGAAGCACAGAGAGAAGCACAGAGAGAAGCACAGACAGAAGCACAGAGAGAAGCACAGAGAGAGGCUGAGAGAAGGUCAAUUGCGAUGGAAGUGAUAACCGAAUUAGAAGAAGAGCAGCUAGACACGGUUCGUACCGCUAGACCGUUAUCAGCACUAUCUUCCGCCUCCGAUGUUGCAAACAUCGAUGAUCCUUUCGUGACCCAAGAAGCCUCCUCUUCUAGACCAAACAUUUUUACUCAAUUCGCGCUAACCGACAACAACGAGGAGGGGGAUGAGGCAGAGGAGGACGGUGGUGUCUUCUCUGGCAAUUUUUCGUCCGAGGAAGAAAAUGAGCUAUCUGUGCGCGAAAUGAUGAGGCCGGAGCUGCCAUACAUGCCUUCUCUCCCAGCCCAUGAUGGGCCUUCUUCACCGACACAGAACCAUAAGAUAGCCAUCGCCAAGCAGCAAGAGACUGGGUCAGCCACCGCAACCGGCCCCAAAACAAGUUCAAUGGCAAAAUUUGCUCUCGAAUUCGGAUCCAGGCCUGCCGGCCAGGUUCCAUUUUUAUUCGAAACUCCGAUAAAGUUCAAGGCUACUCGUGGAGAAAUUCCUCCAUCUUCGGGCACGACAAGUUUUACAGCUUUCUCUAAUUCCAGCUUCAGUAUGCCGACAUCUUCAACAUCGACAACUCCAGAGAAGGAGACCCCUGAGGCGCCAGAACGCAUUCCAUUGAAAGAGAAAGUGGUCAAGCCAAUAAAUGAGGCUUUGCUAACCAAUUUUGGAUCACCCUACCAGUUCGGGUCUGGAGGCGAGAAACAAUUUGAGUUUGAAACUCCCAUCACGCCCCGGAAAUCAUCGGUACCAAACCACUCAAGUACACAUUCAGGACAUUUGUUCAAACUCGCACCGUCAGACGGUAACCAAGAGGCCGCAAGUACUUCUUCGCAGCCCUCUGAACGUUCUGAACUACCAGAUCUUGCCUCUCCAGCACCAAUCAAUGCACCAUACGCCAACGACUUCGUAGCACAACCAAUCACACCGCCACGGAACAAUGAAGAAUCAUUUGGCUAUGCAAACGUCACCCCAAACUCCACUCGCUAUACCACAUAUCUCCCUGCAAGGCAGCAAUAUGGCCUUAUUACGCCUCCCGAAACCCCUGAGAUGUUGAUGGGGGCCUUAGCCAAACCGAUGGGUGGGGCGGGCUAUUUUUGGGAUGAAAGGUCGAGAGAAGGCGGUUCACCGAAUCCUAUAGUUACGAGAAAACCAUUACCUAGGUCACCGCCGCCACAGCUCGAAGCUGGAGGUGAGGGACCAGCGGGGAUUUGUGCAGCUUGUAGGCGGGAGUGCGGGCAAGAGGCAGGAGACUGCGGCUGUGGUGAAGGUUGGGAGGACGAGUUGGAGUCUCGAGCCGGUUGUCUUGAAAGAUUUGGGUUCUGGAGAUUGAAGCAGAGGGUCGUGGGGAGGUUGGCAGUCGUGAGAGGGAGGAUCUCAAGGAAGAAUGGGAAUGAGAUUCUUCGUUCAAGCAACGAAAAUUUAUAGGAGAGAGGUUGGCUAUAUUGGCAUUCUGUAUUGUACAUUAAACACUGCUCUAGAGCAUAUCAUAUCUUAUCCAUUUCAGCUAUGAUCACACUCUACUCCUGCCACAAGACUUCUUGUCUGCGGCGUCCAGGUUCAAACCUUU